CAUGUGAAGGGUUAAUUCUGUUCCAGAGCAGCACUGGAGCAGCACAGAGCAGCACUGGGUGGGGAGGCGCUUGUUGACAAAGUGAAACUAACGUUGCUAAACAUGCUAUAUGUUGCACACAUGAACAAACUCUAAAACACUUCAGAAAUCUCUCUUCAACCGCUACACAGUCUCCGGUGGUUUUUAAAACUACAGUAAAUACUAGAGAAAAAUCUGAGAACACGCCAACACAAUUUUAAACAGACACGGAUAUGGCUUCCUCCAGCAGUCUCCUGUCUGAAGACCAGUUCCUGUGCUCUAUCUGUCUGGAUGUGUUCACUGAGCCAGUCACCACUUCAUGUGGACACAACUUCUGCAUGGUCUGUAUCACAAAUUACUGGGAUAGCAAGGACCUGUACCAAUGUCCACUGUGUAAGGAGAAAUUCCCAGAACGACCUAAACUUCGUGUCAACACAAUGUUAAGAGAGGUUGUAGAGAAUUUUAAAAGGAUGAGACACAGAGAAAAAGAUGAGUCCCCUGCAAAAGCUGGAAAUGUGCCCUGUGACGUCUGCCCUGGGAUGAAGCGCAAGGCCCUGAAGUCCUGCCUGGUGUGUCUGGCUUCUUACUGUAAGACUCACCUGGAUCCUCAUCAGAUAGCCCCAGCCUUAAAGAGACACAAACUGGUCGACCCUGUGGAGAACCUGGAAGACAGGAUCUGUAAGAAGCACGACAGACUCCUGGAGCUGUUCUGUAGGACUGACCAGACGUGUGUAUGUCAGUUCUGCAAUGAAACAGACCACAAGACUCACAUGACUGUCCACAUAGAGGAAGAGUGUGGAAAGAGGAAGGCUCACUUGGAGAAAAAAGAGGCAGAAGUGCAGCAGAUUAUCCAGGUGCGACUGAAGAAGGUUAAAGACAUCAAACUCUCAGUAGAUCUCAGCAAGAGAGAUGCAGAUAGAGAGAUAGCAGACAGCAUACAGGUCUUUAGUACUCUGGUGCGCUCCAUUGAGAAAAGCCAGGCUGAGCUGAUUGAGGUAAUUGAGGAGAAGCAGAAAGCAGUAGAGAGGCAGGCUGACGGGCUCAUUAAAGAUCUGGAGCAGGAAAUCACUGAGCUACAGAGGAGAAGCACUGAUCUGAAGCAGCUCUCACAGACAGAGGACCACCUCCAACUUCUCCAGAGCUUCCCAUCCCUAGUGUGCACCCCUCCACCCACCAAGAACUGGUCUGAGAUCAGUGUUCACAGUGCUCUGUGUGUUGGGACUGUGAGGAGAGCUGUGUCUCACCUGGAGGAGAUACUGAAUAAAGAGAUGGAGAAGCUGCCUGAGGUCAAACUGAGGAGGAUUCAGCAGUAUGCAGUGGAUGUGACUCUGGACCCUGAUACAGCACAUCACAAACUCGUCGUGUCUGAAGAUGGGAAACAAGUAAAACGUGGAGACAUACCACAGAAUCUUCCUGACAAUCCUAAAAGGUUUAAUCAGUAUUGGAUUGUCCUUGCAAAGGAUGGCUUCUCCUCAGGGAGAUUUUACUAUGAGGUGACGGUUAACGGUAAGACUAGGUGGACUUUAGGAGUGGCCAGAGAGUCCACUGACAGGAAGAGGAAUAUCACAUUGAGCCCUGAACAUGGACUCUGGACUGUGAUACUAAGGGAUGGGAAUGAGUACCAAGCCUGUACCUCCCCCCCUGUUCUCCUCUCCCUGAGAAAGAAGCCCCAGAAGGUGGGGUUGUUUGUGGACUAUGAGGAAGGUCUGAUCUCCUUUUAUGACGUGGAGGCCAGGUCUCAUAUCUACUCUUUCACUGGCUGCACCUUUACAGAGAAACUCUUUCCAUACUUCGGCCCCUCUGAUAACGAUGAUGGUCAAAACUCAGCCCCUCUCAUCAUCUCUCCUGUCAAUCACACACACUGAUUAAACAACGGAAAGGAAACUGUUUUUUUCCAGAUAUUUUAAAAUUCACAUUUACAUAUUGUAAACAUACUGACAGGUCACAUAAUUUGAAUAUCCACAUUGUCCUCUGAAGUCGUAUCCUCAAAUGAGAAUGUAGAGUAUUCUGUACAUCUUAGCAUGGAUAAUAAAUGUGUGUAUUUACUGAAUAAUGAAGACGAUUAACUGUUAUGUUGUUUUGAUUAUUCAUAUAAUUUACCCAUAAUUAUUACAGACUGAAAACUAUCCUUUAAAGUGACGUUCCUUUUCUCUGUUUCUCUCAACCUCUUAUUGUGUCUCUUAAGUGAAUGUGAUGAUUAACGACGUACUCAGCCUUUGAACUUGUUUUGGAUGUAGGGUGAAUGUGACAGAGGACUUUGAAGCGCAAAUCCACAGUUGAAACGGUAACAAAGUGCUUUGGUAAAAAGCUGAGGGAUGUGCCUGGAUUGAGGCAAUACAGUUUAUUUGAACAUUUAGUAUGUUUACAAAAAUUGGAGAGAAAGAAGCUUGUAUUUUGGGUUCAAAUGGAGUGUGACAGUUGAGCUAAGCUGACGAGGCAUUUAUGAGUCAUAUUUUUCAAGAAUCAAUAGGUGUACAUCAUUCAUUUCGAAGUCCAAAAAUUGAUUUUGUAACUACAGAUUGCCCCUUCUAGCUUGAUGUUACUGCUGUAUAAGUGAAUGUGGUAAAAAUACAUACUCAGCCUCUGAGCUGGUUACACAGUUCCGCGCUUCGAUCAAGGACAUACUUUUCCAUUGAGCUGGCUGUGGAUCCAAGACAGUGAAUAUAAUAUAACCUGUCUUCAGCAGGUUGUUGGUUUAGGAUAGGGAUUUUGAUAAAACAAAUACUUUUCCUUUGAGCUGGUGGUGGAUGUAGGUGAGGAUGAGGCCAGGGAUCUCCACCAGGGGGAUGAUGAAGGAGCCUUUGGCCACGUUGCCCAGGUUGUAGUGGGCCAGACGCAGCAUAGACGACAGGAUGAGGGUCAGUGGCAGGUGGGAUUUAUUCCUGAUGUCCACCACAGGGUACAUGAAAAGCAGCGUUAGAAAUAGACAAACUCAUACAGGACAGACCUGGGUUCACAAUAUAUUUUGUUUUCUUUCAGAUACUUUGAGCGUUUGAUUGAGCAGGUAUGGAGUGCCAUAUGAGCGGAGUCUGUGCUUUUGGGUCUAUUUAAUUUCUUCUGUUGCAUCAGGAGAGCUCAAUUAAGUGCAGCUAAUGUAUUUGACAGAAAAACAAAUACUAUGAACCCUUUCAUUGUAUGAAUUCAUUUGUAUGAAUUAAAUAUACUGUUUUAUUGUUGGGUGUAUAUAUAUAUAUUGUUUUUAGGACAUCCUGACACAAACCCAUGUCCCCCAUAGACUGGAUCCUCUCCUGCCCCACAGCUCUCACAAACACAGAUGGGCAUAGCUUGUUUUCCUUUCUUUUAUUACUCUGCACAAAAAUGUUAUCAAAAAUAUGAUUGGUUAAAACGUAUGAAGGGAAUAGAGAUACAGUCAUAUACGAUCCCUUUGUUCAUGCAGUAGUACAAACUCAAUAAGCAGUAAUGUUUCCACAAUUUAAGUAUUGUCAGUUAUGAUCAUUCAUUGCCUCUGACAAAAGACAACCUCAACAUUUGUAGGACCUGCAUUUCGUAUAUUAAACUAAUAUAAAAACAUGCUCAACAGAGUAAAUGGCUCUUUCAUAUUUCAUCCACUGUAGUAAAAUGAUCCCGUUAACAGGUGAGGGAGAACACCUUUUCACAAAUCAAAAAUCACAAACUUUAAAACAUGUCCAUGUAGGAAGGUUUCUGUUAUGCUAGUCAGUUGUAUUUGUCAAAAUUGUAUUAGACGUACCAAUUCAACACAAGAUGCGAACAUGAUCAUCAUUACCACAAUCCCAAAAUUCAUUUGAGAUACAAAACACUUGUAGUGUACAGUGGUAGUGGUGACAAAAUAACAGUGAUGACACAAUGCAUUUUCAAAGUCAAUCGCAAUACUUUCGCUCAAGAGGCUUAACUUAAAUACAUCAACUCUACAGCCUGUAAAAUAGCACCAAACUACACUAACUAAUAUUCUUGAUGGAUGUACUUCUGUUACCUACAACAUUUGUCGCAAAAACACAUUGUGCUUUUAAAAAGUCCAAAGCUUUUA